AUGAGAGAUUUGUUCCUUACUGGUUUGGAAUUUCAGGGAACGUUUGGAUUGUAUCAAGGUGCAUGUAACCAUGAAGAAUUGCAUAAUUUGAUGAAGGCAACAGUGAUGAUUCGCAGACUAAAAAAUGAUGUUCUUUCUGAGCUUCCUGUGAAGCGUAGGCAACAGGUCUUUUUGGAUUUGGCCGAAAAGGACAUGAAACAAAUCAAUGCUUUCUUCCGGGAGUUGGAAGUGGUGAAAGGGAAAAUUAAGGCCUGCCAAUCCAAAGAAGAGGUUGAUUCACUGAAGUUUACUGAGAAGAAUCUCAUGAAUAAGAUAUAUACGGAUUCUGCUGAGGCUAAGAUCCCCACAGUUUUGGAUUACCUGGGAACUGUCAUGGAGGCAGGCUGCAAGUUUCUUGUAUUUGCACACCAUCAGUCCAUGAUUGAUUCGAUAUAUCAGUUUCUUCUGAAAAAGAAAGUGGGUUGCAUUCGAAUUGAUGGAAGUAUCCCUACUGUAGCGAGGCAAGCUUAUGUUACAGAAUUUCAAGAAAAAGAUUCUAUCAAGGCAGCAGUGCUCUCUAUCAAAGCUGGAGGCGUUGGAUUAACAUUGACAGCUGCAAGCACUGUUAUUUUCGCAGAACUGUCAUGGACUCCUGGCGAUCUAAUUCAAGCUGAAGAUCGUGCUCAUAGAAUUGGCCAGGUGUCUUCGGUCAAUAUAUAUUACCUUCUAGCAAAUGACACGGUUGAUGACAUUAUAUGGGAUGUUGUUCAGAGCAAGUUGGAAAAUCUCGGACAGAUGCUCGAUGGCCACGAGAAUACCAUGGAAGUUGCAGCCAGCCAGCCACGAAGCAGCCCUGCAAAGCAAAAACUUGCAUUCAGCCAGCCGGGAAGCAGCCCUUCAAAGCAGAAAACACCCGACUCUUACAUGAAGCGUUGUAACAGCAGGGAAGACCCCGAAAAUCAGCCCAAGUUCAAAAACCCAAGGCACUGAAUGAAGACUACCAAAUGGUAAUUUUGCCAGUUUGAAAUGCGUUUAGAGCACAAUAUUGAAGCUAAACUAGUGAUGUGAAUGGUGAAUGGUGAUCUUACCGUGUCAGGUUAAUGCAACCGUAUAGUUAUGUAGAUGCUGCCGGAGUUGCAUACAAGAUUGUUUCGACACGCAUGCAAUCUAUCGAGGUCCAUCGGAUCGCCCCCCUCAAACUCUUCUUAAAAAUAGGAGCGUUUUUAUACAAUACACCGGUGUACUCUUCAUUCA